AUGAGAACGUCACUCUCAAGAUCAGGGCUCUUGAAGAGCUUCAACGCCAUUGCUCAGGUACUUUUAGUACUUGCACCUGCACAUUCUUUCGCCCAGGCCGACAGAAAUUAUGAAUAUGAUGCUGAUUACUCAAUCGGGCUGAUCCAUCCAUUCUCCCAAGAUAGACAUACAAUCCGUGGAUACCAAAUUUUUGGCGAUCCGCAGAUACUCUCGGACAGAUUGGUCUUAACACCACCAAGCCCCGGGAACCAACGCGUUGGACUAUAUACGAACAAACCAAAUCCAUAUAACGAGUGGUCUGUCGAUAUUGAUUUUAGAACAUCGGGCGGCGAAAGGCCCGGUGGGAGUUUCCACUUCUGGUACACCGCAGGUGGGGCUAGUGGGAAGGGGGGACUUGAAUCGGUCUAUACUUCAAAACCCUUCGAUGGACUAGCAUUGGUCGUUGAUUCGUAUGGCGGAUCAGGAAGCGUUCGGGGGUAUCUGAACGAUGGCCAGACUGACUAUUCAAUCCACCACCAUGUUCCCUCGCUUGCUUUUGGGCACUGUGACAUAAAUUAUCGUAACAGAGGAGUUUUGACAUCUCUAAAGAUUGUUCAAGGGCCAAAGACCUUUAAGGUCGAAGUUGAUGGAAACUUUUGCUUUGAAACGGAAAAGGUUAAACUUCCUUCUAGCUACCACUUCGGGGUGUCAGCACUUACUUCAGACACUCCUGAUAGCUUUGAACUCUUUUCGAUACUUGUAGCUUCCCCGGAACAGCGCGGGGACGCGUCCGGGACUCAGCAACAGGGUAUUGGAAAUAAUGAGCAGAUAAACCGCGAGUCAUCUCAGCAAAACACUCAGAAUGAGGCCCCCAGAGCGCAUGGCCGGACACCUCACGAGCAGGACUUUGAGGAGUACAUUCCCGAGUUUCAGGACACAACUGCAGAGAUGUACAAAACACCGGAACAACAGUUCCAGGAUUUGCACGAUCGAUUGCAGGGCAUGACACAUCACAUGGCUGCGAUCCAAUCUCAAAUUGGAAUGCUCUAUGACAGACUCGAUGCGCUAACUCACAGGCACGACGACAUGCGUUCUGAAAUGAGAGGAACUAGAGUUCCCCGCAACCAAAUUGAUAAUAUGGAGACCAAAAUAAACGUUAUUGAAAAUCUCGCUGUACAAAUUGGGAACGCAAUCACCCACAAAGAUUACUCACACCAGUUCGACGCGCUGCAGAGGACUCUGAAAGAGCAUCACUCCAAUUUACUAUAUUCCGUCCCUGAUACCGUGACUCAAGCCCUGUCAACGAGCGGCUCCAGGCUUGGAACAUACAUUGCAAUUCUUAUUGCUUUCCAAGUGUUCAUUGUUGCUGGGUACGUUGUUUACAAGCGGAGGAGAGCAGGCUCGCCCAAAAAGUACUUGUAG